AUGAGUCAUGGGAAAUUUCCAUGGAGAGAUAAAUUUAACAACAUCACAACACAGCAAGAGCGCGUGUGUGAUAGCAUAAGCCAACUUUGCGCCAUAGUCGUCUCUCUUUUAUUUCACUUUCGUUUCAUGCUGUUGUGGAAAAGUGGAGAAAAACAAGAAAAUAUUUACAAAGAAAGAAAUAAGAAACGAUUACAUGUGGGAAACAGCGAGAACUUGUUGGAUCUCCAUGAAGAUGAAAUCAAUGAACUCUUGCGAUUGUAA